AUGACCACGGGGAGGACUCAGGAUUUCCAGAACCCAUUUCAGGUCUUGGGCAUCCUCAAUAGAGUUCACUUGGAGCGGUGGGGAGGAUCCCAGAGCGGACCCUUGGAGCAAGGAAAUGCUGGAUUUCCUGGUCUUUGCAAGGAACAGCUCAAUUUCAUGCUUUUCUGCCAGAAUACUGAGAUGGACAACCUUGAAGUCAAGUUUCUUCGUGUCUAUCUAGUGAGGCCAUAUUUGAAAAUCAGUCCACAGCGACAUUUGGCUGACUUGUUUGAAGGAUUGGGUCUUUGGAUUCUGGUGACCCCAUCGGCGGCAGAGGUUGAGGGCUCUGCUGGGCAUUGUGUGGUCACCAAUGAGGUUUCCUUGGCAACCCGAGCGCGUCGAGGGGGCCUGUGGGCACAUUCCCGGCAGAGGACGCGAGCGGCUCGGUGGAGUCCUGGAGGCGGCCGUGGAGUUGUCCCGCCCGACGGUUCCCGAGAAGAGGCCUGCGUGGCCCAUGGCGGCCCCCGGGCCCGGUGGUCCCGGCGCGGCGGCGCGCAGCAUGAGCUGCUGGAGAAGGCGGCGCGCCUGAAGCGGGGCGCCCCUGGGCGCGGGGAGCCGGAGGCGGUCGGACCCGGCGACGGCGGCUCCAGCUCGGGCUGCUGGUGCUGGCGGCGGCUGUUCCGCGGCCCGCGCGGGAAGAAGGCCAAGUGCGCGCUCUCAGGCCAGGCGGCCCCGGAGCGCGGCCGGGUGGGGGGGCCCUCGAGCCUGCAGAGGCUGCUCCGGAGGCUGGGGACGUGGCGGCCGCGCUACCUGCGGCGCGGGGAGCGGCCCAACCGGCUGGAGGAGAUCCCGCUGCUGGUGCUGGAGCGCGCGGGCGCGGACGAGGCCGCGGCCGGGACGCAGAGCAGCGCCCCUGGGAGGCCCGCGCAGGCCGCUCCGGCCCGCCGCCGCCGCCGCCGCCGCCCUCUGCGCCCCUUGUGCGCGCUCAGCAUUGGUUUUUUUCUUGGUAAACGAAAGCAAUAAAUGAAAGUAAGCCCAACACCGUACGAACGAAAGAACAGGGAAUGGCGGGGAUGUGCAUGGAAACCAAGGGUAUCUGGAGGUUCACAGCGACUUGAACGGGCCGCGCGCGCCCUCCUCGCGGCCUCGCUUUGGCCCGAGGGCUUCGGUGGAGAAGCUGGAGUCUGGGAAGCGGGUGCCGCGGAGCCCUGGGUUCCCCGCGCUGCGCGGCUGCUGCGGGCUGGGAAGAGCGGAAUCCGGUGGUUUUCAAUCUCUGCAAUACUUUUAUUUUUAUUGUUUUGAGACAAAAUAAAAAAACAACGAUGCUGCCCAGUCUGGACUCAAACCCCUGGGCUCAAGCGAUCCUAAGCCUCCCGAAGAGCUGGGAGGACAGGCGUGAGCUACCACGCCCCGUCAAAAAAAAAAAAGUUUAGAGCAGGAUGCCGAGCUCCAUAUCCCACUUUGAAGUGAGCUAACUCUUACGUUUUGUUGACAGGCAUUUAGGAAC